UGUCCCUGACCUGCCAGGAGCCGCCUUAGGACAUGGAUCCCAAAGGAGCAAGAGGCACCAGGAAGCGCCGCUGAUCUGCACAGAGCCCUUUGCCUGCUGCUGCCCCACAGGGAACAGUCCUCCUCCUCCCACAUCCUUCCCACUGCAGGCAGCUGCUGAGGAGCCGCAUGGUCCAUCCCUGGAUUCUCCAAGCACUGACUGCCCAUCCACUCUGACCACAGCCAGGGGCCACAUCCCACUGCCUGCCCAGCGUCCAUCCAUGGAGGUGACCACCGUGUCCCCAUCUCCUGCCUCACCCACUGAAGGAGAUCAUCUCUGUGAGACAGAUGUCACCAGCGUGGCCAUACACAGUGUGACCCUGCUCAUCUGCCUCUGUGGGCUGGCUGGGAACGGGGCUGUCAUCUGGGUCCUCGGGUUCCGCAUCCACAGGGACACCAUGAAACCCAUCACUGCCUACAUCCUUGACCUGGCCAUCAUCAACUUCAUCUUCCUGAUCUUCAUGGUCCCCUCCACUCUGCUCUUCCUGCUGGAGGAUUUCUCCUGCUCCUCCAUCAUGCCCCCAGCAUCCAUAAACUUCCUUUUCCUCCUCUUCCGGAUGUUCCACAGCGUAGGGCUGUACCGGCUGAUUUCCAUCAGCAUCGAGAGGGGCAGGUCCAUGCUCUUCCCACCUGGGCUCUUCUGCCACCUUCCCCAGGACCUCUCAUGGGUGGUGGUCAGUGCUGUGCUCUGGGCCCUUUCCAUCACUGUCAUCGCUGCCAUUUCUGCGGUGAAUUCCCUGUGCCAGUCACAGGAACACAAGCUCUGCCAGGGGGCUCUCAUCUCCCUGUACAUCCUCAACUUCCUCGUCUUUGCUCCAUCCAUCGUCAUUUCCAGCACAAUCCUCUUCAUUCACUUCAAGGCUAGCUCCCAGCAGCAGCAAUCCAAGAGGCUUGACAUCAUUGUCUUCCUCGCUGUGCUCCUCACUCUCCCCCUCAGUCUCUGGAAUUUCCUGCAGCAGCUCGGCUACACCACUGUGUCCCCCCAGCUUGUUCUCCUGUUGGCCUGCAUGCACAGCAGCAUCCACCCCUUCAUCUACAUCUCAGUAACAAAGUGCUGGAGGAACUGCUCCAUGGGGUCCCUCAGGGAGUGCCUCCAGAGGGUCUUUGAGGAGCCAGAAGGGAGCACUGUCCCCAGUAAUGAUGCCACCAGGGACACGGGGACCUGAGCCUCUUGAACCCUUCAAGUGCCCCCAUGCAGGACCAUGGGGCAGGGACUUAGGAUCACCCUCCCACCCUUAUUCCUGCAGGGAAAGGGAGCAGAGGCAGUGGCAGGGGCCAUGUGGGAGGCAUGCUCUGCACAGAGCACAUUGGAGCAUGGAUUUGCUUCUCCCUCACAGGUCCUAGAGCACUUUACCCCCAAAAGAAUCCUUCCCAACACAGCUGUGACCCCAAAAUUCCCCCUGGCAUCUGCUUCCUGCAUCCCACUGAGCUCUGAUACCAAUAAACAGCACCAUGAACCCUGAGCUGCCUUUGCCUCCUCUGCCAGCGCUUCCUGGCUUCCUCUGGCUGCUGCUGCCAGGCAGGAAUGUGGCUGGAGGGAGGGAACAGAGAGGUAGUUAGCCAGGAAUUCUGUGAUUGUUUAGAAAUUUCUGUAAUGAACUAUGUUUAAUGAGUCAAGGCAUAUUUGACUGUGCAUUUUAGCUGGUUUUGAUUUAGAUCUGUGUUGGUUGAGUGUCAGUAGAAAACUUUAUCAGCGCAUACCCCAUAGAGAACUUACUCAAUAGAUGGAGAACAAAAAUCAAUAAAGUACUUUUAAUGGUUAUCAUACAACUAGAACUAAUUGGAUGUCAUAGAAUAAGAAUGGUAUCUUGAGAGGUUUAGUAUUUCAGAGGCCUAUACAUACCAAAAGAUGUAAUUAAAAAAUUGCAAGACAUAAAUUGCAAUGGCAAUAAGAGAGCCAUUUCCUAGGCUUGUACAUCAAAUUUAAUAAAACAUUGUUUACUGGAAAAAACCCCACGUUAUCCAUUUAACUAAGAUUGAUGGCAUAUUUUGGUAGUAUAUAAAAGAAACAAAACACCUAUACUAUGAUGUAAAUAUUGGGACCAUAUUUGGGAGUAUCUGUAAAAACUCUGGGAUAUUAUAAUGCAUAAAAAUGCCUGAAAAGUGUUGUUUCUUUGGACAUAUCUAUGGCAAAUAAAUUUCCAAUAUGUUCACAA